AUGUCUCUCAACAUCGACAUCAAAGCACAUCUUGCAGAGAAUCCUCUCGACAUAACAUUAAGAAAAUUUAGGCGCUUAUACAGUAGUUAUUUCAUCACUCCAUGUGAGAAUGUGUUCGGAAAUCCCAAAAAUAUAAAUGAGUGUCGAGAUCCCCUCGAAACCCUAAUUAAUGAGUUCAAUUUUUAUGUGGAGAUUAGUUUUGUUAGAUCGACCGAAGUAAAAAAGCUUAACUCACGGUUGAAAACAAUAGCUAGCUGGAUGAGAGUUACUUCAUUUGACUUAACUCCAUUUGAACCAGUUGCCAAAUUAAUUCUAAGCCAUGCGACUGAUAUCGAGAUUUGGAAUUCACUGAUGCAGCUUAUUGAUGAGCUUGAGACUAUCAUGUCAGCUACAGACGACCAGCUCGAUGACCUCGCUACCAAAUCUAUAUACAGGCUAGUUGUGGAAACGCACAAUGGUACUCAAAUGAAUAUGGAGGAUCUGAAGGAAGCGAUGAGUGGAGAGCUGGAAGGCUCGGUGUUUGUGAAUGUGAUAGGCUUUUGGGAUAAAUACUUUGAGUCUGAGCGGAUGAAGGUUGAGCGUGAUAUCCUUACCAAAAAGUACGCAGAGCUUUGCGCGGAUCCAAAGUUCAAAUUUCCCGCUGUUCCGACUGAAGAUGCAGUUUGGAAGUGGAUGAAGGUUAUCGAAAACGACCUAUUCCAAGCAUCUCGUGAUCCUAAAGAUUUAGCGGUGACAGACUCGAUAGAACGUUAUGGACACGCCUUCACGGGAUCCCAAUUUCAUACUCUCGCAGCUGGACAGAUCAUUGGAAACCAAGCAAAGCGACAGGUAGAUUACUUUAUCAAGAGACGAGAUCUCCCCAUUGAGAAUGAACACCAUUGGAGUGAUAUCCUCGUGGUGGGCGAGCUGACCAUUUCUUCUUCGAAAGUCUUCCGGCAAAAGUUUCUUCAGCUUAGUGUAUACAUGCGUGAAGUUUUCAUGGCUCAGCCCCUGCGUCGAUUCGUUCAUGGAUUUAUCCUAUUUGAGAGAGACCUACAACUGUGGGUGUAUGAUCGCUCGGGGCCUUACUCUUGUUCGUACAUUGAUAUUGGCAAGUCACCAGAAAAGCUCGUGCAUGUCUUGGUAACUUACAUGUUGAUGAACGACGAAGAGCUCGGUCUCGAACCCAAUGUAAAAUACAACGACAAUGGGAUGGUUGUCCAUCUCAAGGUUCCCGGGUCAGGGGAACCACGCAUGAUCACCUUGGAUCCCAAACCAAUUUCCCAACAGAAAGCAUACCUCUGUAGGGGAACAAGCUGCUAUGUAGCUACAAACUCCAGCUGUAUGGUAAAAUUCUCGUGGAGAAUAUGUGAUAGUAUCUCGGAAAUUGAGCUUCUUGAGAAAGCGGAUAAUAUACCUGGCAUGGUAAGGAUUAUCGGAUCACUUGAUCUGGUAAAAAUAAGCCAGCUGCGCGAAGGCCUGAUUUUUACCAAGACUAUGGUGAAGAACCUUUGUCCAACAGAGAAUGUCAUGAACACGCCACAUGAUUAUAGUGGAGAGAUCAAAAGGAUUCCGAAGGAAAGCGUGAAUAACCAACUGGGCCGAAAGCGAAAGAGCGAGGCACUUCAAGCCGAAAAGGAGGUGGCUAGCUCAAGUAAAAGAGCAAAAUCAGUACAAGAAUCUACAAAAACUUCACAAAGAGUGACUGGAUCGCGCCCCCUUUUGUCUUCUGCUCGGUUUAACCAUGGACAGAUAUGCUCAACUCCAACCGAGAGCAGGGUAUUUAUGGAGGAAAGCUCAACCCUACUAGUCAAUCAGUCUAUCAGUGAGAAAAGAAAAACCGUUGAUGAUGCUCAAGUGAACAACAGAAUGAAGAGGAUUCAACUGUCAAGCAACGUCAGUCUAAUUGCAACUGAUCAUUCAGCAGGAUCUAGUAGGCAUCCUGGGACAUCCACAAUCUCAAAGUCAGGCAAAAAGUCCGCAAAAAUGGUAAAUGCGGAAGUCAUAAACCCACGUGACCGUCAAUUCACUGCUGCCGGGAUUUCGCCUUACGGACGCCCAAUUGAUAAGUUUAGAUCUGUACUAGAACUCGUUAUCGGGAUGAACGAUGCCAUAAAGGCACACCGAUCGUUACUCAUGAACGCGAAGAUAUUACAUCGCGAUAUCUCAGUAAACAAUAUACUACUGACAGGCAUGGAGAAGGCAGACAAACUCGGUGGUGUAUUGAUCGAUCUAGACUUGGCGACUUUGCUGGAAGAAGGCAAAGGCCAAGAUGAGGCCCGAUUGAUGACGGGUACCAUGCAAUUUAUCGCAUUGGAUAUUUUGAGAAACAGCUUUGCAGAAACAGGUACAGUUGUCACUCAUACGUAUCGGCACGAUCUUGAGUCAUUUUUGUAUGUACUACUUUGGGUUUGCAUAAACUGUGGAUGGAAGGACGACGAUAAGCCGCACGGAGACUUCUUAUCUAGAUGGUACAUUGGGAGCGCCCAACAAAUCUAUGACAGCAAAGAAAACGACAUGAGAAAAAGCCGAAUCCGAGAUCUAAUUUCCAAGUUCGCGCCUAGAUUUUUCGAUAUCAAGGAUCUUGCUGAGGAAUUCUGGGAUGUACUAUUUGUUCUGCAAAAAGAAAAACAGAAGAAGAAAUCGGAGGACCCUCACAGGUUGUACGGACCUAUAAUUGCGGCGUUUGACAGAGCCAUUCAGAAAUUAAAAGUGUAA